GAAGGAUUCUCCAAAGAGAAUUAUAGCUAAAGACAGCCUCAAGUAAAACCUUGGGAAGACCAACAGUAGAGUGAACAGCUACAACCAGCACUAAAGACACUGCUGUGAGGUGAGGGACUACGGCUAAGACAUCCAUCACUCAGAAUACUACUAGAUGAGGAUGGGGCACAUUCUCCUGGCCGCGCUCUGCCUGUGGAGCUGUGCACUGACGGUGACUCCACUACUAAACGAGGAACAAGUGGGAAGAGCAAAUAACUACAUCCAGCAGCAGUUCGCCAAAGAUUUUAAUUAUCAGUAUGCCUACUUUGUCAAGUUCACUGCAGACGAAUGCAACAGAGGUUUAACGAAUCAAGUCUUACGGGAAGCCCUAAAGAAUGAAGACGCUGACGACUUGUACCAGAAAGUAAAUAAUUAUGGGAUUUAUGAAGGAAAUCGAAUGGUGGCCGCUUCAUUCUUAGAACAUGAGCACUAUACUGACCAUUCCGAAUAUCGCUUGUUAACCCCUGAGAAUAAUUCCCCGAUUAGAAGGCUGCUGGGGAAAGAACCUGUGGUUGGUUGCGCCAUAUUUUAUUCUCUGAACUCCCCAUGUAUUUCAAAAUGCAUCAGACCUAAUGGAAAUUAUAAUAUUAUUAACUUACUUCAGUCAGUGACUAAUGUCCCCCAAGACAAGGUAUUUGCAUUUAGACAAGUGUUAUGGUAUGAUGCAGGAAAACCUGAGACUUGGACUUCUUGGAGAACAUUGAAUAAUUAUAUGCCAUUGUAUCGCUGUAAUGGAAAUAACUGCAUUCAUUGCUUUACAAAUGGUGUUCAGCAAAAUAAUUGUAUGGAUUAACCCGUAUAGAAAUGUCUUUAGCCUGCUUUCACAUGUAGUUUUUUAGUCGCGCAUUUUGCACUUUUGCAUUUCUUUUUUGUGAAGCGUUUUGCAGCCUUUUUUUUUUUGCAAUACAAAUUCCAUCUCCUGGUGUUAGCUGAAGGCUUAUGGGAAAUACGCAUUGCGGGACACACAAUGUCCAUUACCAUUCAGUGACCACUGAUGUUCAUUAGGUGUCAUUUUUUGUCUUUCUUAGGCCUCUUGCACACGACCGUAUGGUUUUGCAGGACGUUUUUCACGGAUCUAUUUUUCAGUAGUGUUUCUGUUUCCGUUGCGCUUCCGUUUGUGAUCCAUUUUUUUG